CGGACUGUUUUAUUUGCUGAUCUAUGUCGCAAAAACCCGCAAAUGAUUAUCUGUUGGGGCAGCUGCUGGUUGGGUUUUCUCAUAUGUACAGUUCAUGAAUUAUAUAAUGUGUUUGCAGGUUGUUUAGGAAGCAGGUCUCUGAUUGGUUCCAAGUACAGUUAUAUGAUUUAAAGACAAUGCCGUAGAUAUCUACAAUUGCUAUAUGAAAUGAAGUCGUUAGGCGAUUAAUCUUGUGUAGUGAAGACCUCGUACGACACGGCAGAUCCCUCGGGGACUUCUCAGCACAACAUCUCGAAAUCUUGCUUGUACCGAAUUAGCUCUCAAGUAGUCAAGCCUCCUUCUUAUUUAGUGGAUAUAUAUCAAAUUCCUACAUCAUUCGCACCUAACAAAAUGCCCAAAGCAUUUCUACUGAAGAGGAGUUUCAACGUUCAUUUUGGCCUGGCAGCACCACCCUAUAUCCCACCUAAAGUUUUAGCUCUCGAAGAAGAAGUAGAAUUCCGCGGGAAACAUCAAUCAAGCAAGUCCGGUAAAUUCUUUGACUUGUUCACUGACGAGAAGGCACUUCAGCGAAAGUAUACAUACUCUGCGGACGUAUGCGAAGGCCUGAGUUAUGCUGCCAAACGCUUUGCCUCGGAAAACGGUUUCAUUAAUAAUAAAAGGAAUUCGUCUGGUGGUAAUACCACACUGAAUCUGCCGAAGGGAAGCGAGGCGAAGAGCAACCAAGAGAAGAGACGAAAAACAGAAUCGGAUGAUGAAUGGAGUGAAACUCUUUCUGUGAACGAUGAAGAUGACGAACAAGUCAGUAAAGCCAACAGAAUUAAUAAAACAAGCAAAAACAAAUUAAAAGAGAAAUCGGAAAAAGCGAUUCAUCGUUGCGAUCAAUGUGGCAAGAUUUUUAAGACCAAGUACACUUUAUCUAUUCACCUUAAAAUGCCUGACCACACAGAAAGCAGGCCGUUUGUCUGUAAUAUUUGCGGAAAAGGAUUUCGCCUCUCAAGCACUCUGUGUCGGCAUAAGAUCAUUCACACUCAGAAAAAACCUCAUAAGUGUGAAGUUUGUAACAAAAGUUUCAAUCGCUCCUCUACUCUGAAAACGCACGUCAGAACGCACAGCGAAGAGAAGGCGUUUGUAUGUGACAUAUGCGGCAAGGGCUUCCACCAGAAGGGCAACUUGCGCAAUCACAUCAUGAUUCACACCGGGGAAAAGCCUUUUCAGUGCACGAAGUGCCACCGAGCCUUUAACAAAAUGUCGAACUUGAAAUUCCACAUGCAUACUCACACGGACAAUCUCCCGUACCAGUGCAAAACUUGCAGGAAAAAAUUCGAGAAAAAGACGGAUUUAAAACAGCAUAAUAUGGACAUUCAUGGUCACGACGAUGAAUAAUCCAAAUCUAAACAAAAUCAUUGACUUGACUCAAUAGUUAUUGGAAGGGUUAGUAAAGUUGAUUAGUUUCGGAAGUGCAAUUCCGUGGCCAUAGGAAAAGAUAAUUAUGUUCUCUUUGUGCUCUGAAUAAGUGUCUUAACAACGCCUAUGUUUGGUGUAGCCAGUAUUUACAGAAUUGGAUAAUUGUUUAUACUCAACUUAGCAGGUUGCAGAUAAAUCUUGAACAAACAUAGCAGCAAGGUGGGAACUGGCUAUUGUUAGUUCAUAAAAGAACUAAAAACCAAAUCUCUUCAAACAUAAUCUACUUGGCUUGGCUAAUUAAAAUGAGCCAUGGUUUGAUACUUUUUAAGCUGACCCAAAAAAAUUUGUCCAUUUUCGAACAUUUUCUAAUUGUUUAAUAUGCAUGCGCAAUUAUUUUGAAUAAAAUAAUACAUGGAAGUUUACGCAACCGAGUUGCGACAAAGUUUCUACAACAUUCUUGGCAAGAAAUACAAGAAAUAAUUAUAACGAUAUGUCUCAAUAUUCAUUAAUGCAACUGUUUUCAGUUGCUUUUUUAAGCAUGAAUUUAAAAUGGUCAAGGAUGAGCAUGCGAUGGCACUUUGCAUGAUUCCACCUGUACAAUAACUUUUACCAAAAGUUUUGAUAGAAAUAUUCCAAUAAAAUUUUUCACUAAGAA